GUUGCCGUCAAGCAGCUGCACGCGGCGCCGCAAGACACGCGAGCCAUGCGGUCGUUUUGCCAGGAGGUUGGGCUGAUGGGCCGGCUCUCGCACCCAAAUUUGGUGAGGCUAUACGGCGCCACCGUCUCGCCCGACGGCUCCCUCGGCAUUGUCACCGAGCUCCUCCCUCGCGCGUCGGUCUUUGCACUCUUGCACCCGAGGGGCGCGCGCGGUGCCGCCGGCGACACCCCGCCCCCCCUCCCCUUGGUAUGGCGGCUGCUGCGGGGCUGCGCGCGUGGGAUGGCGUACCUCCACUCCCUCAACCCGCCCAUCAUCCACCGGGACCUGAAGUCGCAGAACCUUCUGCUCGCCGAGGACUACACCUUGAAGGUCGCGGACUUCGGGCUUGCCUGCGAGUACCUCCGGUCGGACCACUCGCAGGCCAUGUCGCGCGUCGGCUCGGUGCAGUGGGCGGCGCCCGAGGUGCUCUUGGGCGAGGCCUAUUCGCACAAGUGCGACCUCUGGUCCUUUGGGGUCGUGUGCUGGGAGCUGCUCACCGCCGCGAUCCCCUUCCACGGCCUCUCCGAUGUGACGGUCGCCACCAAAGUUGCACUCGAUGGGAUGCGGCUGCCGGUGCCCACUGGAGCGCCGCGCCCGCUGCUGCGCCUCAUGGCGCGCUGCUGGGCUGAGGAUCCGCGGAGACGGCCAGAGUUCCGCGCGCUCGUCUCCUUUCUCGAGGAUUUGGCGGCCAUCGCGGGAGCGUCGCCACCCCCGCCGGCGGCCAUCUCCCCGCCUGUGAGCGAGCUGCGCAGCUCGCCGCUCGGCGGGGCGAGUGGACCCGCUGGAGCCGCGCGGGCGCUCACUGAGCCGUCGCAGAGGGAGGGCGGCCGGGAAUGCACUCAUUCACGGUUGGCUUUCUGUAGGCGCAUUUGA